AUGGCUUCCUCUUCUCAAUCACAACAAAAUCAAGGUUCCGUUGCUCAAAUCAAUCCCGAAGAAAGCUAUGUCGAACCUGUAAGAACCCUUCUCACUCCCAUCGACUCUCUAGAAGUUCUCUAUGAAAUGAUGGUGGAUUUUGAAAGUAUGAAAGAAAAUGCCUGUGACCUCACUCAAGAUGUUGAGUUUCAAGGCUGGGUAAAGUUCUUUGAUAGGCUUAUGGGUCAAGUUUUCCCUAAACUGGUAAAAGAAUUAUGGAUUCAUGCGACUGCUUCAAAUCACCAAGUUACCUCCUAUGUGAUGGGGAAUAAUAUUAUCAUUACUAAAGAUCUUAUUCGAAGACUCAUACGCCAUGAUGGAAAGGGCAUCAAGUGUACAGAUAUAGGAGACAAGAACGUUGAUCUAAAACGUGUCUCCAAAAAAAUCUUCACAUUUGGACAACCUUCCAACAAAUUCAAAGAGAUGAAAAGCCAUCUCAGAAUUUGGGAUAGAAUACUUCUGGAAAGUUCACCUCCCUCACUCACUAUUUCCCACCUAAAAACGAGUGUCAAAGAAACAAGAGAAGAUGUGAAAACCAAAAGAGACUGGAUUCCUCUAGGGAGACUCAUCUCAGAUAUUCUAACAGAAAACAGGCUAGUAGAACAUCUAACUGAAACACAACAAACUGAUGUUCUAGAAGCAAUCGCUGGAAAACCAUUCAACGCAAAGAAUCUCAAAAAGAUGAAGAUUAUUGAAGCAAUUAAAAAGGAUACCUCUUUCACCACCAAGGAAGUCAUUACUACCAAAAGGGUGCCACUAGAUAAUUUCCCUCUAUUCUCAGCAUACACUACUCCAGACAUUGUCGUCAGAUAUCUAGAAGCAUACAACCAACCAUGGGUGGAGAAACAUAAUUCAGAAGCUAAAGAAAAAUCUCCUGCACCUCAACAAAGGGUUGUGUUUAUAGAGAAAGACAAGUCUGCUGAGACUUCUUUUGAGCAAGCAGCGGCGGCAGCAAUUUUUGAGCUUCCCAAAUCUUCUGUUGAGGCCUCAUCCUCUCUGGUGUUGAAAACCCUAGAAGAACAGAAGAAGGAAAAUGAAGUGGUUAGAGCCAGGUUGGACAAACAAGAUGAAACAAAUUAG